AUGCGCCCGCAGCACCUCACCAGUACCGCGUGGUCGUUUGCGCGCCUUCGCGUCGCAUCAGAGCCGAUGCUGGACGCGAUAGCCUCUGCAGCGAUGCGGAGGUGCUGCCAGUUCGGCGCCCAGGAGUGCUCGAACACGGCCUGGUCGUUCGCCGUGCAGCGCCUGUGGCCCGAGGCGCUCAUGGACGCCAUAGCCUCGCAGGCGAUCGCGGUGAUCGAGGACUUCUCGACGCAGCACCUCGGCAACUCCGCGUGGGCGUUCGCCCGCAGCCGGGUGAAGCAUCUGCCUCUGAUGGGAGCCAUAGCCGCGGAGACCAGGAAGAUGCUGCUCGGCGCCGCUCCGCAGGAGGCGGCGAACAUCUUCUGGGCGUUCGCGAAGCUCUCCGUCGCAGACGCACCCCUGAUGGCGGCGAUCGCCGACUCCUCGGGGGCGGUCGUGGACUACGGCCCGCAGGGCCUGUCCAACCUCGCCUGGUCCUGCGCCGCAAUGCUGUGGAGCCCCGGACCACUGCUGGACGCCAUCGCCUCGGCAUCUCUGGCGAGACUGGGGCAGUUCACGGAGCAGCACCUGGCAAACACGUCCUGGUCUUUCGCAAAGCUUGCCAAGGUGAACGAGCCUCUGCAAGAAGCCAUCUCCGCCGCCGCCAUCAGCCGAAUCGGGAACUUCUUCCCGCAGUCUCUGGCCAACAUGGCGUGGACGCAGGCCACCCUGCUGGUCCGCGACGCACAGCUGAUGCGGGCGCUCUCCGCUCAGGCGCUGCCCACCAUGGGCGCGUUCAACUCGCAGAACCUGGCCAACACCCUGUGGGCGCUCGCAGGCCUGGGCUGCCUCGACGAGCCCCUCCUCGAGGCCCUCGCUGCCGCGUCCAUCGCGAAGAUCGCUGAGUUUCCGGUGCAGGAGCUCGUGAACUCCGUCUGGGCCGUCGCCAAGCUCACUUUUCAUCACGGCGCGUUUGUUGAGGCGCUCGCGGACCAGACUCACAGGCGGAUGGCGCAGUACCGCAUCCGCGACUUGGCGAACACGGCGUGGGCGUUGGCGCGCUUGCGGAAGGCGCACGCGCCGUUGUUGUUGGCGAUCUCUGCGGAGGCCAUCGAGAAGAUCGCUGCAGCGACACCACAGGAGCUCUCCAACAUGGCCUGGGCUCAGGCCCAGCUGCAGAUACUCGACGUCCCGCUGAUGGACGCCAUCGCGGCCGCAGCCAUGCGGAAGAUCCGGGACUUCAUGGUGCAGCAUUUGGCCAACACCGCGUGGGCCUAUGCCUCCCUAGGCUACCUGCACCAGCCGCUCUUUGCGGCCAUAUCCGCCGAGGCUUUGGCAAGGGUGCCCCAAUACGAGCCGCAGGCCCUGUCGAACACCAUUUGGGCUUUCGCUACCCUGGCCAUCGAAGACGCGCCGCUCACAGCUGCGAUUGUGGAGCAGGCCAUGCGGCGCGUUCCAGAGUACAUCCCGCAGGACAUCAGCAACACAGCGUGGGCGCUGGCGAAGCUCAGCGUCGUGCAUUCGCAGCUGCUGGACAGGCUGGCAUCGUCCGCGCUUGGCCUGCUCCCGCAGUUCAUCGCGCAGGAGAUUGCCAACACUGCGUGGGCUUUCGCGACGCUGGCCGUCGGCGACGCCACGCUAUUCGAGAGGAUCUCGGUGGAGGCAGUAGGGCGUAUAUCAGAGUUCGACCCGCAGGCCAUUGCCAACCUCGCGUGGGCGUUGGCGACUCUCGGCGUCACGGACGGUCUGCUACUGGCUGCGAUCGCUGCCGAAACUCGAGAGAAGAUCCGCCAGUUCUUGCCGCAGAAUUUGAGCAACACAGUGUGGGCGUUCGCCAAGCUAAGCAUCCAAGAUUACCAGCUGUUGCACGCUAUCGCCGCGCAGUCGAGGGCACUACUCCCAGAUUACAAGCCGCAGGAGCUUUCGAAUACAGCGUGGGCUCUGGCGAAGCUCGGCUUCCGCCACACGCCCAUGAUGGAAGGUCUAGCCGCCGCUGUGAUGAACAGCCUGCCCACGUUGAACCCGCACGACCUGUCUGGCACUGCUUGGUCAUUCGCAACUCUCAGCUUCCAGAACCAGCCUCUGAUGGACGCGAUUUCCUCCGCAUCAAUACUACUUCUGAAGGAUUUCAACUCGCAGGAUUUGGCGAACACCGCAUGGGCGUUCGCGACACAAUGCUUCAAGAACGCGCAUAUUCUGGACUCGCAAUCCGACGAGGUCAUGUCCAAACUCCCCGAGUUCGCUCCGCAGGGGCUCGCGACCACCGCGUGGGCGUACUCCUCGCUCGGCAGGGGGAACCCGAGGCUGCUGGCUGCGAUCUCGGACGAGGUGCUGAGGAAGCUGGACGAGAUCGAGCCCCAGUCUCUCGGCAUCAUCGCGGAUGCCAAGCUGGCUUGCCGAGAGGAAGUGGACAGGGUUCUGCAACCACUCGUGGCAAGGUUCGUCGAGGCACUGCCACAGAGACUGACGCCGUCGGCCGUGGAGGAGUUCGCGAGCUUCGUGCGCGACCUCCGGGUGGACAACUUCGGGGCCCAGGCGAGCCGCACCGCCUUCGAGAGGAUGGGCCUCGGGGCGGCGCCGCAGGACUUCCGCGACCGCGCCGCGAAGCAGAUCCUGCGGUCCCUGGCCGCCGCCGGCAGCGACGGCCACGACGUCGCCGUCAGCGCGCUGACGGGCGCCGCGCUGGUGCACCGCCGCGUCUUCAGCUACGCGGAGUUCGCCAUAGACGUCGCGCGCGGUGGGGCCCGCACGCCGGUGAGCGGAGAGGUCACGAGGGAGAACGGCCGCCGAGAGUGCAGCAGCGCGAGCCGCGCAGAGGUGCUGCGGCCGCUGUCGUCGCCCAUCAGCGGGCUGGUGGACCGCAGCCUCUGCAGCGAGUUCCAGUCGCUCGCCGCCAUCGUGGAGCAGCUGUGGCAAGCAGGCGGCGGCGCGCCGGCCGCGGCGUGCAGUGGCCACGUGCGCCUGUUCGUGUCGACCUCCCCGUGCGUCUCGUGCAUUUGGGCGAUGCGCCAGUUCCAGCUCCUCCUGCCUGGCGUUCGCGUGGAGGUCGCGAACGGGGAGGAGGCAUACCUGUUCGCUUCGUGA